AUGAGAGCUUUGCUUGGAGCCUAUGAGUGUUGGUACUCCGUGGAGAAAGGAGACGAUGAAAGUGAAGCGGCUGGGAGGAAAAAAGACCAAAAGGCGCUCACACUUAUCCAUCAAAGUUUGGAUGAGAAGAUGUUCGAGAAGGUUGCUGCGGCAACCACCUCCAAGCAAGCAUGGGAAAUUCUUCAAGCUUCAUUCAAAUGUGUAGACAAAGUGAAAAAGGUGCAUUUCCAAACAUUAAGAGGUGAAUUUAAGUCCCUCCGCAUGAAGGAGCCCGAAUCUAUUUCGGAUUAUAUCUCAAGAGUCUUGACCAUUACCAAUCAAAUGAAGAGGUAUGGAGAAGAUGUGAAAGAUGAUCGAGUUGUGGGAAAAAUUCUUAGAUCGUUGGAUCCAAAAUUCAACUACAUCGUCGUUGCCAUUGAAGAGUCGAAGGACCUAGACACCAUGACCGUUGAUGAACUUACGGGUUCACUACAAGCUCAUAAAGAGAGAUUGAAGACGCCAACUCAAGAAUCGGUGGAGCAAGCUUUGAAAGCAAAGCUAUCAGUCAAAGAGAAAGAGACUGACUCAGGACGAGGCCGUGGAGGUGCUCGUGGCGACAAGGACGAGGACGCGGAAGAGGAAUACAAGGACAACAUGAUUAUGCAAAUAAUAGGCAUAAUUAUGACUCGACGAAGAACCAAGAAAGAGGUCGAGGUCGUGGACUUGGAUGAGGCCGAGGCUCAAGAGGUGGAGGAUAUAGGCCGAAUCAAAGGCAUGACAAAUCAAACAUCGAGUGUUUUAAUUGUCAUCGCUAUGGCCAUUACGCCUGGGAGUGUCAAAUUGACGUAG